AUGGCUGCCACCAACAAUCCUGCCGCUGGUAUCAACCUUUCUUCGGAAAAGCCCAAGCCCAAGCCUCCAACCUGGCCUACAGACCCCAGUGAGUCAACACCGCUUCGAUUUUGUAUCUUGAGCAUGUUUUCGCAGCUUUUCGUUAUUGGCCAUGCCGGGACACUAAUUUCCGAAUGCUUUGCCGUACAUCGAGAAGCAUUGGUGUACAGUGCUGAGAAGCUGCGGCGAGGCACAGAGGAAGAGUGUGCGCAAGGGAGAGCAACAGGGAGAACGUGA